AUGGAUUUCGCCACAGGGCCUCUGGGCACCCUGCUUUCUAAACUCGGCCAGCUGCUCCAAGAUGAGUACAACCUUCAGAAGGGAGUGAAGAAAGACAUCGAGUUCGUCACGAGAGAGCUGGAGAGUAUGCGUGCCGCCCUCCGCGAUGUCGGAGAGGUGCCACAGGAGCAGCUCAAGGAAGUAGUCAAGAUCUGGGCUCGGGAUGUUAGGGAGCUCUCCUACGACAUGGAGGACAUUGUUGACACGUUCCUUGUGCGUGUCCAGGGCUCUGAGCCUCCCAGCAAAAGGAGUGUCAAAAGGUUCAUCAAGAAGAUGACAAGUAUUGUGAGCAAGGCCAAGACUCGCCAUGAUAUCGGCCAAGAGAUUAAGGACAUCAAGGAGCGUGUCAAGGACGUGGCCGAGCGACGUGACAGGUACAAGGUUGAUGCUAUUACUCCUACCAAAACCUCAGUUGACCCUCGCAUAACAGCUCUGUACACUAAAGCGGCUAGCCUUGUGGGCAUUGAUGAGCCAAGGGAAGAGCUGAUCUCGAUGUUGACAAAGGAAGAUGGCAUGUCAUCGGCUGAACAAAGGAUAGUCUCUAUCGUUGGCUUUGGAGGACUAGGCAAAACAACGCUUGCCAAAGCAGUACAUGAUAAGAUUAAACCGCAAUUCAAUUGCACUGCUUUUGUAUCGGUGUCACGUGAUCCUGAUAUUAUAAAAAUUUUCAAGGACAUGCUUUAUGAGCUUGAUAAGAAUGAGUACAUGGACAUUCACAAUGCUGCAUUAGGUCAACAGCAUCUUACUGACGUUGUGCAAGAAUUUCUCAAAAAUAAGAGGUACCUCAUUGUUAUUGAUGAUAUAUGGGAUACGAAACCAUGGGAGAUGAUACGGUGUGCUCUACCUGAGAAUGGCCUGAAAAGCGGAGUACUCACAACUACCCGUAUAAUUGAUGUUGCAGAGCAUGUUGGUGGUUGCUAUAGGAUGAAACUUCUUACUCAAGAGAGCUCUAAAAUCUUAUUCUAUGGACGAAUAUUUGACUCUAUAGACAAGUGUCCUCAACAAUUUUCUGAUGUAUCUGACAAAGUUUUGAAGAAAUGUGGAGGUGUUCCAUUAGUUAUUGUUACCAUAUCUAGCUUGCUGGCAAAUAAGUCAAGAAAUAUAAAUGAGUGGUACAAUGUGUGUGAUGCAAUUGGUACCGGAAUAGGAAAGAAUCCCGGUAUGGACGAUAUGAGGAAGAUAUUGCUGCUUAGCUAUUAUGAUCUAACUCCUCAGCUGAAGACAUGCUUAUUGUAUCUAAGUCUAUUUCCUGAAGAUUGUGAGGUUAUAAAAGAUAGGUUGAUUUUGAGGUGGAUAGCUGAAGGAUUUGUCCAACAAGGAGAUGUGAGGCAAAGCUUAUUUGAGAUUGGACAGAGUUACUUCAAUGAGCUUCUAAACAGAAGCCUUAUCCAGCCAGGAGACAUCGAUGAGGAUGAUAUGUAUCCUCUUGGUUGCCGGGUGCAUGAUAUGGUUCUCGAUCUCAUUUGCUCUUUGUCAAGAGAAGAAAGUUUUGCUACCAGAUUAACUGAUGACUGCAACCAAAUCACAACUUAUUUGGAAAGCAAGGCUGCCAACAAGUGGGUUGAGAAAUCUAUCGCUCUCGAGCUGCUUGUGAUGAACAUGGAUUCUCGCAAACAUUGCGAAGAGCUAGGCCAUCUGACGCAACUAAGGGUGCUAUGGGUUAUGCUCAGAAAGGACAAGGAAGGCAGAUGGGAUGAAAGCAUGUGCAGAGUUCUGUUGGGGUCCCUUGGCAAACUACACAGAAUCCAAACUCUAGGAGUACGAAUCUCAGAUGACGUGGAAGUUGAUGUUGAAGGCUCAAUCGACUCCCUGUGGAACCUAUCUCGGCUUGUUAUUUAUGGAACCAGUCGGUUGCCGAAAUGGAUCGAUCCCACAUCAUUUCUCCCCUAUACUACCUGGACAUAA